AUGUUUUCAACAGGAGGUAAUACUGGACAGGGUACGUUUGGAUCAGCCAACGCAAACUCUGGUCUUUUUGGAUCCAAACCUGCAGGAACUGGUUUUGGUUCUACUGGUGCUACUGGUCAAACUCCUUUAUUCGGAGCACCAAAUCCUAAUACAGGUACAUCAGGAGGAUUAUUUGGUCAAUCAAAUACCAAUACAAGUAAUGGAUUGUUUGGAAAUACAAACACAGCUGCAAAUAAUAAUAAUACAACUGGAACUGGUUUAUUUGGUUCCAAUGCCACAGGUAAUGCUCAAAAUACAGGAUUUGGAGCAGCAAAUAAUAAUAAUACAGCAAGCAAUGGUUUAUUUGGUCAAGCUUCAGGAAAUACCAGUGGUGGGUUAUUUGGAAAACCAGCCUCAACUGGAACAGGAUUAUUCGGUUCUGCACAAACUGCAAACAAUCUUGGUCCAACCGAUAAACCAGUAGGUACUCAAGGAGGUCUUUUUGGUAAUAAAGCAGCAUCGUCGACUGGUUUGUUUGGUUCAACGGGUACCACUACUGCACAAAAUACUGGAACUGGUCUCUUUGGAUCAUCAAAUACAGCUACUACAGGAACUUCAGGUGGUUUAUUUGGUGGUAAUAUUGCUUCUACGUCAUCUAAUCUCUUCGGCCAAAAUCCUCAACAACAGCAACAACAACCUCAACAACAACAACAACAACAACAACAACAGCAAUCCACAGGUUUAUUUGGUAACAACACCACAAAUAAUGCACAACCAUCUUUUGGUUGGACUAGUAAUCAAUCUCAAAAACCACUGUUCAAUACCACAGCAACCACUUUAAACAGCACCAAUAUAAACGGAAAUACCAUCACGUCAAAUACGAACACUAAUACAUAUACACCAGCCAUCAAUGAUCAAUUAGAGAAGAUAAAAGAACAAUGGGAUCCAAAUUCAGCCAAAUGUGUACUUAAAACUCAUUUUUAUAAUAAAUUCAGUGAUCAAGAAAUACAGAUCUUAUUGAAUCAACAAAGACCAUCCAACGAAACUCCAGAAGAUUGGGAUGCUGCUAUGAGCAAGAGACCAAGUGCAAACUCCUAUCCUAUUAAAAUAACAUCAUUUACUGAUGUUGCACAAAGAAUUGAAGUUCAAUUAGAUCAUGUUGCUAAAUCAAGAAUAUUGUUGAAUAAUAUCAACGAAAAACAAAAUGCAUUAUCAUCAAAACAUGAUCUUGAAAAUACAACUAGAAUCUUAAGAGCUAAGGCGAGACAUACUAAGUUAUCUAGAAGAUUACUUAGAUUAGCUACUGUGUUAGCUAUUUUAAAAUUGAAAGGAUACCCAUUAUUACCGGAAGAAGAAGAAAUUUCAAAACAAUUUGAAGUAUUAUCAUCCAAAUUAAGUGAUCCUAACAGUCCAAUUGGAAAAUUAAAUGAUGUGUUUGCAAGAUUAGCCAUUCUUAAAGAGAGAGCUGAAGAUUUAAACUUUCAAUUUGAUUCUUCUCUUAAUGCCUUAAAUGGUAUAAGUUCCGAAGAAAUUCAUGAUCAAAGUGGGGCAGAUCAAAAGAAUACCGAUGAAAUCGUUAAGAAACUUUCCGAAGUGUUGUUAAAACAACAAAUUGGAUUGAAUUACUUGAACGAGGUAUUAGAGAAAGAUACAAAUACAGUAGAUAAUAUUUCUAGAUAGAUAAUAAUAAUAAUAAUACAUAAU